CUAGGUUAACAGCAACAGUAGUGCAGGUAGACAUGUGCUCUGUGACCGCUUCCACUGAGCCCGCGGCCACGCCACGCAAGCGCAGAAGCACGGGAGGAGGCGUUUAAAACCCGACACACCGCCGAGCUCCGGCCGGAAACUUUUUUAGUUUUCUUUUUGUCGUCUUGAGCGCUCGAAGCCCCGAACACCUCCGACUCGUCCCGCCCGCCAUGUCUUCGUCCUACAGCCACAGCGCCCGCUUCAGCGAGGCCAGGAGGGUGGCUAUCUUCGGGGGGACACACGGCAACGAGAUGUCCGGCGUGACGCUGGUUAACCUGUGGAUGAAGAACGGCGCCGAGAUCCAACGGAAGACGGUGGAGACCAAGCCUUUCAUCACCAACCCGAGGGCUGUGGAGAAAUGCACCAGAUACGUGGACACCGACCUGAACCGGGCUUUCACCCCGGAGAACCUCAGUGCUGCGGGAGGCAAGGAGUUGCCCUACGAGGUGCAGAGAGCCCAGGAGAUCAACAGAAUAUUUGGACCCAAAGGAAGCCCGGAGGCCUACGAUGUCAUCUUCGACCUCCACAACACCACGUCCAACAUGGGCUCCACUCUCAUUCUGGAGAACUCCAAAGACCACUUCAACCUGCAGAUGAUGAACUACAUCAAGAAAGCCAUGGCGCCCGCCAGUUGCCUUGUGCUGCUGAACGAGCAUCCGCUUCUCAAGUACUCCACUUCCCGCUCCGUAGCCAAACAUCCCGUGGGCCUGGAGGUGGGUCCUCAGCCUCAAGGGGUUUUGAGGAGUAACAUAUUUGAAGCCAUGAGGGUCAUACUCAGACAUGCCUUGGACUUCAUCGCUCUGUUUAACCAAGGCAUGGAGUUCCCUUCGUGCACAGUGGAAGUUUUCCGCGUUUCAGAGCGUGUUGACUACCCCAGGGACGCCAACGGAAACAUCAUCGCCAUGGUGCACCCCAAUCUGCAGGACUGCGACUGGGAGCCGCUGAACCCCGGUGACCCUAUGUUCCAAACGUUUGACGGGAAGACCAUCCCCUACCAAGGCUCCGGCACCGUGUAUCCCACGUUUAUUAACGAGGCAGCCUAUUAUGAAAAACAACAGGCGUUUGUCACCACCAGACGGGAAACCCUGGUGGCGAGCGCCAUUAGAAAAGCGUAAAAAAAAACGCGAGCCACCAGAACCAUUUGUAUAUACAUAUCUUUUUGCACUUUCCUUACAUAACGAUAGACGCCAUCUUCUGCUCGGUGAUUUCUUUUGUGCAUUUACUCACAGCAAUUAACUAUGCAAAGAGGCGGAAUCUUUGCUGCAUCGGAAGGCCGACGCAACAUUGUGGUUAUUUAUGAUACUGUUAUUUAAAGAUCUACUUUUAUUAAAUCAACCCCUUUUAUGAGAUUAAACCUCCAGCUUAAUCCUUUACCACUUGAGUAGGUGCGUAAACUGUGGUGACUAGUCGCUGUGGACUUUCCUUUUCCACGCUCAGGAAGCCAAUCGAGGAGCAUAACCCCGCAACCUGUGAUCCCCCCAAGCCGUAGUGGUUUGUCUUCCACUUAGAAAAAUCUAUAUUUGUAACAUCCUGGGAGGGUAUUUGUGGCCUUUGACACUACCUGCCUGUGACUCCCGUGGUUGCAUCUGUGGUGCUCUCCUAUUGUUGCCUUAAAAGAGACUGAAUUGCACUGCCAAAUUCAAGUGUAGACGUGUUGGAUAACAGCAUAUUUUAAUAAUAAUAAUAAUAGCAUUAUGUUCCUUUCCUCGCUACACAAAAGAGUAAUAUAUGUGUCUAUUUUGAUAUUCUUGUAUUGUACGUGGGACGUGUCGCUUUAGCUGUGUGUUUUGGGUGUUGUCAUAAAGGAUAUCCCUGUGGUCUUAGUCAUUCCUUGUCAUAAUGUUUAACGACUAUGUGUGUUACUACCAUUUAUGUGAUAAAACGAGGCUCACUGUCGUUUCAAUCAUGUGGAAAUCAUCCAACCAAUAAAUACAGGAAAAAAAAUGUA